GGCUUAAUACGCGACGCCAGAGGAAGUGAAAUGGCAUAUGGGGAAUUGCUAUUGCGAUUUAAAUUUGGCAGGGUCGUAACUCGUAAGACACAGGUAAUUCAUUUGCAAAUAGACUUUGCUUUUCCUUUUGAAAUUUGGCAGACAUUGUACGUUCGCGUAAAUGCAAAUGAAAACGGUUUGCAUUUGCGUUUGAAUUAUGUCACAAUUUUGACACGACAAAUAGAAAACGCAUUUGCAAAUGCAGUGUGCAAUUACUUUUUAAUAUAGUCCGCAGAAUAACUCCAUAGUCUUGUUUAGUCUUUAGUCUUGUCUGUGUAUAGCCCAUGUUUUAUGAAAUAAAAUCACUGUCAAAAAUAAACGUACGUAACUGAAAGAAUUUGUGUGUAAUAUUAUUUUACUCGUGCGUAAUUUAAAAAAGUGUAUGUAAUUCAGCUUUUUGUGAGACUUGAUUCCAAAAUCGUCGGCCAAGACAAUUUACAAGUACGACAUUUUGGUUUGUUUGUUAGAGUACAACUUAAGAUUCUACGACUAUGACAUUUUACAGACACAACCACAACUCUUUCACAUGCACGAAGUGCGAAUUACGAACACGCAGCGCUGUGCGCGAAGAGACUGUCAAAAAUACGUCAUCAAGGUCACAGGCAUUACUAUCAGAGGGAAGAUUGAUCGAUUCCAUCCACGUAGUGCGCAUGCGUCCCCGCUUAAACCACUAGCGCCAAAAUGACAGCUCAACAGCCAAGCGCUCACUCAUCGUCUCAGGCACCAUUAGGUGACAUCUUAAGCACAGCACAGAAUCUAGUGUCGAUGUUGACCGACACCUUAAGUUCGCCAGGGAACGUGAGGCCACUCAGACAGGGCAGGCCUAAUUCAGCAGAGCUUGGUGUUGGACAACAGAAAGAGGGGGACCAGUCAAGUUUCAGUGGACAGUCAGCACAACAAGAAAGAAGGUCCAAGUCAAACUGCCAUCAUGGGCACUCAGUACAGCAAGAAAUGGCUAGGUCAUUCCCGGGAUUUUUCCGAAAGGAAGUAAGGGGUAAAAAACGUUUUGGACCAUAUAAACGCCCAGAGAAAAGCUUGUUAAUGGUUUUUUUCCUACUUGACCAACAAUAUGAAAGAACACCCAAAGGAGAGUCAGAACUAGAACUUACACUUGCAGGACUUGGGAGAAGAUCAUUAACUAUAACAGAAAACAUCACUCAUUCAGAGCUGUCAGAGGUGCUUGUUAAUGCCUAUCCAAAACUGGCAAAUAUCUGUGGAGGAUGGUUACUGCACAAGUGCUCUGGUGGAGGUGGGCAGCGGAAAUUGAUCGUCAUCCCUCCUGACCCAGAUGGAUAUAAUGGACAGCAGUUAAAAGCAGUGAGCAGCAAUGGGAAGUGCACAAUGUAUAUAGUUCCACUGCAAGAGCAAAUCGACACAACUCCAUUACCACCUGAUGCAAAAGAAUUCGAGAAAAUGCCCAAAGCCCAGUGUACAAUGUGCAGCCAAAUGGUUCCUCUUCAGUGCCUUCCAAUGCAUAUAAAGAGCUGUGAGAUGAAAUGGGUGGAUCUGUGUACCUCAAGUGAUGAUUCAAUGGAGAAGACCCCACAAGAAGACAAUUCAAGUUAUGUUGACACUUUGAAAGAGGAAUUGGAAAAAUCACCAGAAUUUGAAAGUUGUGAUUCAUAUAUAAAUGAAGUCUGGACAGAGAAGACUGCAGAGUGUCCACUGUGCAAGGACAUAUUUAAUAGUGAUGUUAUUGAGAUACACGCAGCCCACUGUGGAUUACGAACAGCAGAAUAUCAUGAAACUGAUAUGAUCAACUUAACUGAGCCAAUGAAUACACUUCAAAGUUCUGGGGAGAUUUUAAAUUGGAUAAGCAGUAAAGUUGAUCAAACCAACACCUUUCCCAUCUGCGUUUCUCGGAGUGACAUCUUUAAAAGAGGCAUGCAGCAGUGGCAGCGUCAAAAGAAAACUUCUCCAAAAUGCAGACUGAAGGUUACCUUUUUUGGCGAAGCAGGUGUUGACUCUGGUGCUCUUAGCAAGGAGUUCCUAACAGAAAUGAUUGCAGUCAUUGAAACGAGACUGUUUAUCAGUGGUGUAGAUAAAAGAGGGAAAAAUCCUGUCUAUUGUCUCAACAGCUUGGAUCGUAACUACUCAGGAGUGCAGGAGAAAUCAUGGCAGUCAGUCUGGCACAAGGUGGACCACCACCUGUGUUUUUGCGCGAGUGGUGCUUCCAAUAUCUUUGCUCUGGAGAUCAUGACAGUAUACGGGUGUCUACCAGUGAUGUCACAGAUUUGGAAUUUUCACUGCUUAUUGACAAGGGCCAUUGUUCUACAUUCCACUAUGAGAGUUGUUCCAAUGCUAGAGCAGCUUCGAAAAGGCCUACAGCUCUAUGAUCUCCAGAAGGUCAUGGGAAUGCAUCCAGACCUAUGUCUACCACUGUUUGUACCAGGGGAAAAAGAUGACCGGGUGGAUGCAGCCUUCAUUCUGGAAAAUUCCCACCCCGUCUUCAGUGAGAAAGGUUCCGUGAAAUACAGCAAAGAAAUCAAUGUAAUGAACUUUCUCCAGGACUUCCUACAGGAAAUUGAAGAUUGUGGUGAACAAAUGACUGCUGGUAAAGUUAUGCAAUGGAUGACUGGCCAGAGACAUAAGCCUAUUCUUCCCAGCGACCAGAAGGACUUCAACAUCACUGUGACACACUUCAUACUAUGUGUUUUCCAACUGUAAGCGCAUGUACUCGCACAAUUACAUUUCCCACAGCUCACCCGAAAACACUGAAUGAGUUUAAAAGUGUUAUGGGAAUGGCUAUAAAAUAUGGCGAGUCAUUUGAUAAUGUUUAAAAUGUCUUUGAUAUUGAAAUCAAUGUUCAGCUUCUCUUUGAGUCAAUGUUUCUUAGACAGUAUGUGACAAGAGAUUUUUCAUGUUAAUGAAUCGAUACAAAAUAUUGAGUGUUGUGACAUUUCAUUUACAAAUUUAAUUUGUAAAAUGUUUAUUGGCACAAAAGCAGCAUUUGACAGUAGUAUCUUCAUGUUAAUAAAACAAUUCAAAUUCAAUUCAUUUUUAGAAUGUUCAAUUACAAAUGACUUACAUUCAUUACAGUCACAGUUGUUAACAUGUACACAAUGUUUGUUAAAUGAACAUUUAAAAUGAUCUCACACAGCUGUUUGUGUAUUUAAAGACUUUCAAAAUAUUGAACCAAAGAUAUAUAAAUAUCUCUGCCAUAACAGUCAGAUGUUGCAAGAGGAUUAAACAUGGAUUUUACGGUUUCCAUCAGAGCAGGAGUGAGUGGGCACUCAAUUUCUGGAACUUGAACUCCAACAUCAUCAUCUGUCACACAAUCGAAUGUCUCCCAGUCUGUUCCAAACAGUUGCAAAUUCUUAAAUGAAAUAAAAAAAAUACUUUAUGCUUGAGUUAUAUUGUCAAAUUGUGUUUUUGCAUGAUGCAGAGAAAAAAACAAACCUGCGAAUUCUCUUCAUCGUCACCA